CGAGAGAUGGCUCUCGUUGUUGUGGCACUUCGGAGAGUGCAUCGUUUGCGGUUUUGUAACUUGGAGCGCCUCCCUUCCAUUUGCGAUUAGAAGAAGCUCUGUUUAUAUUUGGGGUUUUUCUCUUCCUUUGUUCAUCGUUCAUCACGGCCUGCAUCUUUUGGAUCUGUUUGCCACCAAAUUAGGGUUCAUAGCCUUUACAGCCCUCUCUGGGAUUCCUGUGUCCCUUCCCAUCUCGAAUCAUCUGGUUUUAUGUUCCCCUGACCUAAAUUUGCCGCUUUGUCAAGGGUUCACACAACAGGGGAGCUCUCGCUUCCCCCGCUGCUAAAUUUAGUUCUCUUCAAUAUUUUCUGUUGACAUGUUUUGGAAGCUCGCUUCUUUAUCUGCCUCCUCUCCUGUGGAGGCAAUAUUAGACCAGGAGAAUUUCACUUUGGAAGAGCUUCUGGAUGAAGAGGAAAUAAUUCAAGAAUGCAAGGCCUUAAACAGUCGCCUCAUUAACUUUCUGAGGGACAGAGCUCAGGUUGAGCAAUUACUACGCUACAUUGUUGAAGAACCACCAGAAGAUGCUGAAAGCAACCGGGCCUUCAAGUUUCCUUUCAUUUCCUGUGAGAUUUUUACAUGUGAAAUUGAUGUCAUUUUGAAGACUUUGGUGGAGGAAGAAGAGUUAAUGCACUUACUAUUCUCCUUCCUAGAGCCGAACCGUCCUCAUAGCACCUUACGGGCUGGAUACUUUAGCAAGGUUGUUGUUUGCCUCAUGAUUAGGAAGACUUUGCCUCUUAUGAAUUAUGUUAAAGCCCAUCAGAAUGUUGUUCAGCAACUGGUUGAUUUGAUAGGAAUUACAUCCAUAAUGGAGGUUUUGGUUCGAUUAGUAGGUGCUGAUGACCAUGUGUAUCCCAACUUUAUAGAUGUGAUACAAUGGUUGGUUGAGAGCAACCUGCUAGAGAUGAUUGUUGACAAAUUAUGCCCAUCUAGUCCUCCUGAAGUUCAUGCUAACGCUGCUGAAACACUGUGUACAAUAACUCAAAAUGCUUCAUCUGCUCUAGCAAUUAAACUUUCAAGCCCAAGUUUUGUGGCAAGAAUUUUGGAUCAUGCUUUGGAAGAUUCACAAUCAAAGUCUAGCCUCAUUUGCUCUCUUUCCGUGUGUAUUUCUUUGCUGGAUUCCAAAAGAUCUGCAAGUUUGUCUCCCCUUUUUUAUUCUUUCCGUAGUCAGCACAUGUAUGAGGCUCCAGUUCCUGUUAACCCAGAGACUAUUGGUGCAAUGCUACAAAAACUUGGUGAAUUGCUUAUGCUUUUGCAUGUAUCAUCCGAUGAAAAGGUAUUGCCAACAACAUAUGGAGAAUUGAGGCCUCCACUCGGGAAGCAUCGAUUAAAGAUAGUUGAGUUCAUUGCUGUACUUUUGAAAGCUGGUAAUGAAUUGGCUGAAGUAGAAUUAGUCAACUCAGGAAUCAUCCGACGGGUUAUUGAUCUUUUCUUUGAAUAUCCAUUCAAUAACUCAUUGCACCAUCAUGUAGAAAGUAUAAUACUAUCAUGUUUGGAGAGCAAAACUGAUGCUGUUGUUGAUUAUCUUCUUCAAGAGUGUGAUAUAGUUGGAAAAGUUCUCGGAGCAGAUAAAAAUCCUGUUCUUUAUAGUGAUGGUGACCAGCCAACAGUAGCUGCUUCUGGCACACGGACACCACGGGCAGGAAACAUUGGACAUAUCACUCGAUUUGCCAACAAACUUGUUAACUUGGCUUAUAAUCAAAGCCGUAUACAGGCCUUUCUUCAGAAAGACAGCGAGUGGAAUGAUUGGCAAGCUGCAGUUCUGCAAGAGCGUAAUGUGGUUGAGAAUGUCCAUCGUUGGGAUUGUGGACGCCCCUGUGCAUUACAUGAUAGGAUGAGGGAUAGUGAUGAUGACCUUCAUAAUAGAGAUUAUGAUGUUGCAGCAUUAGCAGAUAAUUUGAGCCAAGCUUUUAAAUACAAAAUUUAUGGAAAUGAGGAUAAUGAAGAGGACCAUGGAGGGCUUGAUCGAGAUGACGAGGAUGUCUACUUUGAUGAUGAUUCUGCUGAAGUAGUCAUAUCAUCUCUGAGACUCGGUGAUGAUCAGGGAAGUGGUCUAUUUACAAACUCCAACUGGCUUGCAUUCCAAGAUGACAGAAAUGGUAAUGCACCUGGGGGAACGUCACCAUCUGACAUGAUGGAUGAGAUUAACUUGAAGGGACCUACAGAUGGUGGUAACAACAGUUGUGAUGAUGAGGUAGUGGUAGGGGAGGAAGAGAAAUUGGCAGAAAGCAGAAAUAUCACCAAUGACUCCUCCAACUUGAGCACAAACUUCUUCAGUGGAUUAAGUGAUGGCAAAUCCAUGAAUGGUGGCACUCUAAACGAAAGUGAGCAGGCAGGUGCUGCACAUGAUAUGGGAUUUUUCAGGUUUGAGGCAUCUGAAAACAAGGACCUGUUUAGGGAUAGGCCAUUACCUGACUGGGUGGGAUGGGCUGAACCAUCAGAUAUGCAAGUUCCUGGUUCAAGCACAAACCCUUUCGUUGAUCAUGAUGAUUCCGACAGCGAUCUAUCCUUCAAAUCUCAAUUAGGCAGCCCCAAUUCUUGUUCACCUUCAUCCGCACCUGCAAAUGGUAUGCCAACUCCUAGAGACUCAAGUGAGUGGGAAGGGGACUUGAGUCAAAAAUCGGCAGCAGUACCCUCCCUUUUUGAAGAUGAUGUUGAAUUUGUUGGUGUGGAAUUAGAAGGUACUGAGAAAGCUAUGGAGCAGGCUCUCAAAGAAGGAAUAGUCGGGGAAGCAGGACCAUUGAAAAGAAACGUAGUCCCAAAAGUGCCAGAAAAGGAUAACUCUGAAGAGGGCGGACGUGGAAUGAAGGAAUUCAACGACGCAAAUUACUGGAGGGUUGAUCAAGAGGUUGCUGUUCUGGAGUGAGAUGGAAUAGUGGUUAAUCUUUUGCUUCUGUUGUAUGAAUAGUCGGACCGUGGCUAAUGUACCCCGUUCUAGGCUCGCAAGGGCCCAUGCAGCAAAUUUAUGUACAGUGUAUUUUCGUUCCGAUUAAUGUGUCUCUAUUCUUCCCGUUCGUUAGAUAUCAAGCUUUGUUCAUUGUUUUUAGUUUUGCCUUGCUGUACGUGAUUCAUGGGUAUCCCCCUCAUUUAUGGGAAUUUAUUUAGAGUUGUA